AUGGACACCAUGAUCAAGCUAGAAGAAGGACAUGAUCCGAAUCGCGUAAUUUGCAGAGCAUUCCAGUAUACUCACUCACCUGGCAUUUUUUAUGGCAAAGAUCCUCUAGAGUUCUCCUUUCCACUUCUUUUACUAGAGGUUUCCUUAGUCAUUGUGAUUACUCGGAUCGUUCGGUUUGUGCUUAAGCCUCUCAAGCAGCCUAGGAUUGUGUCUGAGAUCAUUGGUGGUAUAAUAAUUGGACCUUCAUGCUUAGGCAGAAACAAAGCAUUUGCAACCUAUGUUUUCCCGGAUAAUUCAGCAUUUGUGAUGAAGACAAUUGGAGUGCUGGGAUUUGUGUAUUUUCUCUUCUUGUGUGGAGUGAAGAUGGAUCUGAUGACCAUGGCAAAACCAGGAAAGAAACAGAUAUGUGUGGCAUUUUUCGGGAUUUUUACUCCUAUUGUUUCAAGUGGUACAGUAGCAUUCUUUGUCCGAAAAAAUCUGCCUCAAGAAUUAGGGACUGGAUCUUCACUCUGGGGAGUUACAUCAUCAGUAGCCAUAACAGCAUUUCCUGUGAUCUACACUAUAAUAAAGGAAUUCAAUCUGCUAAGCUCGGAUAUUGGACGUGUGGCCUUGUCCACAGCAAUUAUCAGUGAUGUUAUUGGAAUGCACACUCUUCUUGUAUUUGAGGCCUCUAAACAAGGAGAAGGAAGGCCUAUGGCUGCAUUAUAUUACAUCAUAUCUUUGUUUGUUGUCACCGCUUUUAUCUUUGGUGGCCUUCGCGCUGUAAUGCUUUGGAUUGUUCGGGCCACACCUGAAGGCAAACCUGUAGAACAGAUAUACAUUGUCUUUAUUCUAUUAGGCGUGAUGGUGAUUGGAUUUAUCAGUGAUUUUUUGGGACUGGCUAUUGGGAAUGCACCAUUGUGGUAUGGUUUAGCUAUACCAGAUGGUCCUCCUUUAGGUGCAACACUUGUGGAGAAGAGCGAGACGAUUAUAACAGAGAUUUUGAUGCCAUUUUCCUAUGUUUAUAUUGGCUUGUAUACAGAUAUUUUUUCCUUGUCUGGACGCUGGUCGUCAUUGAAGCCACUUUUUCUCAUUACUCUGACAGGAUAUCUGGCAAAAAUCUUGGCAACUCUUGCUGUUACGCGCUUUUAUAACAUGCCAAUUAGAGAGAGUAUUGCUCUGAGUCUUAUUUUGAGCUUGAGAGGUCAAGUAGAGCUCAUUUUGUUCAUCCACUGGACUGAUCUAAAGAUGAUAACACAGCCUGCAUAUUUUACAUUGAUGGUGCUCAUGACAACUUCUGCGACUGCUAUAGCCUCGCCUUUAAUCAACCUUAUCUAUGAUCCGACGAGGCCUUAUAUGAUUAACAAAAGAAGGAAUAUUCAGCACAAUCCUCCAAAUGCAGAGCUAAGGAUUGUACUAUCGAUUCAUGAUGAAGAAAGUGUACCAGGAUUCAUCAGCCUAAUAGAAGUCUCCAAUCCGAAUCCUAAUAGCCCUUUCUCAGUGUAUGCUCUACGUCUUAUUGAACUAAUAGGGCGUGCCAGUCCUCUGUUUAUUGACCAUGAGACUCAAGAAGGAGAUAGUUAUAUAAGUGAUAACUACACUAGCUCCAAUCCCAUCCACAAUGCCUUAAAGUUCUCCCAUGAAUCCGAAGGAGAAUACGUGGAAAUCCAUCCCUUUACAUCAGUGUCCCCAAAGAAAAGCAUGUACCAGGAUAUCUGUGAGCUUGCUUUAACAAAGAAAGCUUCUUUAAUAAUAUUGCCAUUCGACAAAGGUUGGUUGGAUAUGAGAAAUAGUACUAUUGAGGGCGCAGCAGCACAGAAGAAAGUGCAGUCCAUUAACUUCAAUGUCAUGAAUCAUGCUCCUUGCUCUGUCGCGCUUCUUGUAGAUAAAGGGUCUCUUCAGGGUCACCUUCAUGGCAAUUCUUCAAUCUCCAUGCAGCACAUAAGGCACUAUUUUGCAGUGCUUUUUCUAGGUGGCCCUGAUGCUCGAGAGGCACUGGCUUUUGCUGAUCGCAUGGCAAGUCAUCCUGACGUCUCAUUGUUGGUGAUAAGAUUUCUUUCACCCAAUGGUGAGGGGGAUGAUUUGAUCGAGAAGAAGCUGGAUGAUGGACUAGUGACAUGGUUUUGGGUGAAAAAUGAAGGGAACAGCAAAGUGACAUAUAAGGAAGUUGUGGUGCAAAAUGGAGAGGAUACAUUGUCUGCAAUUCAGGCUAUGAAUGAUGAUAGUAUUAGUCUUUGGAUUGUUGGUAGAAAACACGGGAUUAAUCCACUUUUGCUACAAGGAUUACAGAGUUGGAGUGACCAUCAAGAACUUGGAGUUAUUGGAGAGUAUGUAUCUUCAUUGGAUUUAAGCACUUCAGCUUCUGUGUUAGUGGUGCAACAACAGAUCUUAAGAGAUCAAAGAAAACCUUCUAAAGUUUCAUUUUUCCAGCGCGGAUUUAAAGAUUGUGUAAAAUCAGGCUCAAGAACAGACUGA